AUGAUUCAAUCAUUUCUUAUUUCAAUAUUUAUCAUCUCAUUAGUUCAUGGUCAAUGUACUAUUAAAGACUAUCAAGGGACUAUUAAUGAAAAUAGUUUUGUUCCACAAAAUUGUCUUACUUCAAGUACAAACUUAGUUAUUAAUACAGACCAAAAGACAUUAGUAUUUGGAAUUGAUAUUAAUGUCAAUUCUACAACAAUUACCGGGAAUGUAGAAAAAAUUGAUAUGAAUGCAAAGUCAUUAACAACUAAUCACUUUAUUGUUGAAAAAAAAGGUUCGUUAACAAUCAUUGGUUCAUCGGUUUUAUCUCUUGGAAAUGUUAUGAUGGAAAGAUGUAGUUUAGUUGUUAAUGAAAGAACUAAUAGUGUUACAAUAAAAAGUGGUAUAUUAUACUAUAUUAAUGUUAUUGCUUUAAAUUUAAUACUUGGUAAUUCUAAUAAAGAUAAUUCAUUAAUUAUUAAUGAUGGAAGUGCUACACUUUCUGGAGACAUAAUAUUAAAUGAGGUAGAUGUAUUAAAUAUAAUUAUGGAAUGUAAUACUUUACAUUUUGCAAGUACUAAAUCUAUUGGACUUAGAAAAACAUUAAAGGUAAAUACAUUACUUACAGUACAAACAAUAAGUUCACAAAUAUUAUUUAUUUCUAAUAUUUCAUCAAAUUCUGAAAUUAAAAUAAAUCAAAUAACAUUUCCAACAUUUGAAAAUGUAGUAAUUGUAGCAACAAAAAUAAUUUCUAAGAUAGAUAUUGUUGCUAUAAACCCAAUUUGUAGAAAUCAUAUUUAUGCAAGUUUUUCUGUCGAUUGUGCUAAAUAUACAGAAUAUUUUAAUCCUAACGCUAAAUGUACUGUUUUGAGACUUGGUGACUCAAUGACUACUCAUAGUUAUUUAAAUGAUAAUACUAUCUAUUGUCCAUGUGGUUCAAAUGAUGAAGAUUUAAAAUAUUGUAAUUAUGAUUUUACUCAAUUAACUGUUAAUGAUUAUACUAAAUAUUUUGACCCAGCUAAAGAUGGAUAUACAAGGAUUAAUAAAAUUAUUCUUGGGAAUAUUCAUGUUAAUGUAGUAGUUGAUAGUCUUGUUUUUUCAAUCAUUGAAGGUUCAAUUAAAAGUACAGCUAAUCUUAUUAAUUCAAAUACUGUUAAAUAUCCUAUUUCUAUUGGUCAUGGGACUUAUUAUUUUAAUGGUUCAUUUGAAUUACAAAAAACAUCAAAUGAUAAUUCAUUAAUAUUUUUUAAAGAAGCUGAAAUUAGUCAAGGAAUAUUUGAAAGUAUUGAGUUUAAAGAAAAUGGUAUUAUUUCUACAACAGGAAAUGUUAGUAUUGGACAACUUAUUUAUCAUAAAAAAGUAUUUGUAGGACAAGACAGUUCUUAUACCAAAACAACAGUUUCACAAGUCGGUGUUUUUGAUCAAAAUGAUAGAGGAAUUAUAUUAAGAAGAAAGGCAAAUUUUAUUUUUGGAAAUGCUUUUUAUUAUAAAAGUUAUUCAUCUCAAUAUACUUUAUUCGAUGGUUAUACUUCUAAUUUCGAAUUUACUCAAUCAACUGAUGGUUCUGCUCAUUUUGCAUGCAAUAAUAGUGUUGUAUUUGUUUCAAUUAAUGAUAAAUAUACAGGAGAUUGUCAAAGGUCAUUACCUCUUUGUUGUUUAAAAAAAGGAUUAAUUUCACCAAUUGAUAUAACAAAUAAGUAUAAUUAUGAACAAGGUAUAUUUCAAAAUUGUCCUUAUAAUGGUAUGAGAGUUAGUUUAGAACAAUUGGGAGGAAAUAUUAUUAUUGCAAAGAGUUAUUAUAAUUAUUCAAUGAUUUUAGGAAAUGAAAAUCUUGGAUUAAGUUUUGAUACACCAGAUAAAACAAAAGAUAUAAAUAUUAAAUAUAUUUCCAAUAUUGGAGAAAUUGUAAUUGAUAAUUCAUAUUUUAAUAGUUAUAACAUAAGUCAGAUUAAAAAACUUACUGUUGUAAAUACCGACAUUAAUUCAAUUGAUACAAAUUAUCUUAUUUCAUCUGGAUUAGUUAAUAUAACUAGAGGUUCAAUUAAUACUCAAUGGUAUAAAAAUAAAAAUUCAUUGUUAAGGUCUUCAGAAUUAACUAUUUCUAAAAUGGAUGAUGAAACAUUAAAAUCUGCUGUUAUAAAAAGAGAUAAUGAAAUAGAUAAAUCUAUUAUUUUUUCCUCUCAAAUUUCCAAGUCAAUUAAUUCUUUUCCAUCUACUUAUAAAUGGGCUUGUUUAGAUUCUAUUUUAAUUUUAUCUACUCAAACAUUUAAUGAAAAUUUAUGUCCUUUAAUUCAAUGUACUAUCAAUUCAAAUAAAAAUGAACUUUUAACUUCAUAUUCUUAUAAUACAAAUACUCCAUGUUCAUCGACUUCAUGUUCAUUUUGUUCAUUUAUUAUUAAUGGUCAAAUAAAAUACGAUUUUUAUUAUAUUAAUAAAGGCAUUUAUUUAAAUUCUGAUAGUACCCUUUCAUUGACUACACCAAAAUCUUUAUUCACUUCAUCUUUAGUAAUAACUACACAAAUGAAUUCAGUUAUUACAAGUGUAGAUGAUAAUCCAUCUAUUGCAUUACCUUCUUUAAAAAUUAUGUCAAAUGGUAAUUUAACAUUAAAAGGAAAACAUGUAGUUGAAACAAUUCAAUGCACUUCUGGAAUGGUUAUAAUUGAAGGAGAAAUUACAUUACAGGAAUCUACUAAUUGUUCAUAUUUCAUUAAAGAAGGAUAUAAAUUAAUUAGCAAUGUACUUUUGGAUAUUGCUUUAUAUAAUGAAGGAACUGUUAUUUUUAAUAAACUUCCAAAAACAUUACAUGCAAAAUUAAAAUUAACAACAUCAAUAAUAACUUCUGUUAAUGAACUUCAUUUUGACUCUUUAGAACUAGUUGAUAACUUAGAGACAUGUCAAAAAUUAUACGACCUUACUACAACAUCUGUUAGUUCUAAACAAGAAAUGGAACUUUUUGAUAUUUUUAAUGGUAAAACAUCAUGUAAUAAUGCUGAAUCAUGGAUAUGUAAAAAAGGAAUUCAAUGGUAUGUAUGUAAAGGUAAUACUGUAAAAAUUCCAGAAAAACCAUGUACUUCUCUUAUAAAUGGUAUUUUUGAAAUAAGCUGUACACUUGAUUUUAGUGAAUAUGAUCAAACAACAUAUAAUUAUGAUAAUGGGUUAAUUACAAAUAUUAUUAAUUAUCCUCCUAAUUUCAUCUUUGGAGGUAACCAAUUAAAUAUCACUCAAUUAAUAGUUUCAAAAGAUUUAACAAUAAGUAAAGGUUAUUCUGUUUCAAUUUGGGGAGAUGCAAUACUCACAGUUAAUAAUGUACAAUUAUUAACCGUAUAUCAAACUGGAUCAUCUCUUGAAUUAACAUUAAACAAUGUAACAAUUAAAUACAUUGAAAUGUCAGACACUUCUAUAAAAAGUAAAGAACCAAUUAAUAUUAUAGAUGGUUUAUUAACUCAUGUGUCUAUUGAUAACGAUGUUGAAAUUUAUAAUAGUUUAAUUUUAAGUAACCAAAUACUUACAAAUAAUUAUUAUCAUAUAACAUCAGGUAAAUUAACUACAAAAGAAUGUGUUGUAAUGGUUGAUAGUCUUACUGAUUGUAAAUUAAUUGCACAGUCAAAUGUAAAAGAUGCUUUUAUUAUUGAUUCAAUGGAUUCUAUUUAUUUAAGAUAUGCAAAUACCCAUUUAUUUGCUUGUCCUGACAAUAAACAACCACCAAUACAAUUAACAUGUACAAUAACUGGAGAAGGUAAAAUCAAUUAUUACACUGCUAAUUAUUCAUCACCAUUUUGUCCUUGUAAAUCAAAUGAAUGUUUAUUAAACUUUAAUGAUGAAAAUAUAACAGAAUUAAAUGAUAUUGAAGGAUAUGUUGAGUCUAUUACAUUAACGCCUUCAAUUAAAAAAAUCACUGGUAAGGAUGUUAUUAUUUCACAACUCUCGAUGGAGAGUGGAAGUAUUGAAAUGACAGGGUCAAUUGGAACAUUAAAUACAAAAGAAGUAGAGAUUAUAUCUAAAAACCUUAUUAUCAAAUCAUUAGUUGGAACUAAAGUUAAAAUAACUGGAACAGUUACAUCAGAAAAUUGGCUUAUAACAUACCCAACAACUAUAAGUGGCGAACUCAUUGUAAAUGGAACAGUUGACCUUGAACCAAAUGGGUUGAUUGAUCUAACACAUGGAAGUAUUUUAAUAGAAAAAAGAGCUAAAAUUUCAUUUAAUGGUGGUAGUCUUAAUAUUCCAAAUAAAAAUGAGACAAUUUUAUCAGAAGUAAGUAUUAUGUCAUUUGACUCAAAGACAGACAUUUAUGUAGAUGGGUUGGAUGAAACUAUAUUUCCUUUUACUUGUGGAAAGGCAAAUAACUUAGAAAAUAUUAACAUAAUUAAUCAUAGAAAGAAGAGUGAAGUAGGAGAGACUUAUCAUGCAUAUUUUGUAUGUAAUAAGUAUAUAGCAUUUGGACGUACUCUUCCUACACAAUGUCCCAACGGUGAUUUAGUUAUUGACCCAUCUCAAGAUGAUAAGCUUAAUACUGGAAUAAUUAUUGGUAUUGUAGUAGGAGUUGUUGUUGUAGUUGUUGUUAUAGUUAUUGUUGUCAUUGUCAUUAUUGUUGUAGUAACGUUACGAAACAAAAGGAACGAACAAUUUAGACGAGAGAGGAGACAAAAGAAGAGAGAGGAAAAAAUUGAACGAAUGAAAAUUCUCAAACAAGAAAAACAAAGAGAAAGAGAAGAACAGAAGAAAUUGCAAGAGCUAGAAGAAGAAAAUGAUCUUAGGUCAAUGAGUGUAGGAAUAGAAAUAGGAAGUUAUGAAAGUAGUGAAGAAGUUGAAAAAGUUAUUAACAGCACAUUUAAUAAUGAUAAUGAAAAAGAACAGCUCAUUGCAAAACAAAGAGAAGAGGAAGCUAAAAAGAAAGCAGAAGAGGAAGCUAAAAAGAAAGCAGAAGAGGAAGCUAGAAAGAAGGCAGAAGAGGAAGCUAAAAAGAAAGCAGAAGAAGAAGCUAGAAAGAAGGCAGAAGAGGAAGCUAAAAAGAAAGCAGAAGAAGAAGCUAGAAAGAAGGCAGAAGAGGAAGCUAGAAAGAAAGCAGAAGAAGCUAAAAAGAAAGCAGAAGAAGAAGCUAGAAAGAAAGCAGAAGAAGCUAGAAAGAAGGCAGAAGAGGAAUCACAAAAAGAUGAACUAUUAAGUGAUUUAGAAGAAAGCGACUCUUCUUCUGAGUCAAUGGAUGAAGAGGCUCAAAAUGAAUUAAUAGGAAAGGUACAAGAAACGUUAAAAACUAAACCAAGGUACAUCGUAGAUAUGGAUAGUCUUUAUCCAUUUACCAAAUUUGUUACAAGCACAAAAGAGGAUGAUGCAGAUUCAGUGUCUACCCAAUGGGAAUCAUCUGAUGAAAGUAAAUAA